UCGACACAUCAGCUAUAACCUUAUAAUCAACGUAAAAUUAGAUUAUUAUAAUAGUUUUUAUGAGUUGACAAAAAAAAAUUACUACUAAGUACAAUGAUUCAAAACAAAGAAAUUUUGUUUAAAUAUUUGUAUAUAGCUUUUGUAGUGACACUGUACUGGUUUAUUUCUAUAUUGACAGUAUUUGUUAAUAAAACACUAUUAUCUGGUGAAAACUUACAUCUUGAUGCUCCUUUAUUUGUUACUUGGUGCCAAUGCAUUACAUGUGUUGUCAUUUGUCUUUCUAUAAAAGGGCUUUCAAAUAUAUUUCCACAGUAUUUUUAUUUUCCAAAUGGAAGUCCCUUUUGUCACCAAACUAUUAAAAGGCUAUUACCAUUAUCCAUACUAUUUACUGGAAUGAUCGUAACCAAUAAUUUAUGUUUAAAAUAUGUUGGAGUUGCAUUUUACUAUAUUGGAAGAUCUCUCACGACCGUUUUCAAUGUGGUAUUUACUUACAUAAUUUUAGGAGAAAAAACUUGUGGUAAAAUUAUUUUGUGUUGCUUUAUAAUUAUCUUUGGGUUUUGGUUGGGUGUCGAUCAAGAAAAUGUUGCUGGAACAUUUUCUUUAGUAGGAACAUUUUUUGGAGUUCUUGGAUCAUUGACACUAUCGCUGUACUCAAUCCAGACUAAAAAGGUGCUUCCAUAUGUAGACCAAGAAAUUUGGCUGCUAUCUUACUACAACAAUGUUUAUAGUGUUGUAUUGUUCAUUCCUUUAAUACUCAUUAAUGGUGAAUUGACUGUUUUGUAUAAUUACGACAAACUAGGUGAUCUUGAUUUCUGGAUUGCCAUGAUCAUUGGUGGUGUGUGUGGAUUUGCAAUAGGGUAUGUGUCAAUGUUACAAAUCAAAGUUACUUCUCCUUUAACUCAUAAUAUCAGUGGUACAGCAAAAGCUUGUGUACAGACUGUUCUUGCCACUCACUGGUACAAUGAAGACAAACCAUUAUUAUGGUGGUUGAGUAAUGUUAUUGUUUUGCUAGCAAGUGCUGCUUAUGCUAGAAUAAAACAACUUAGCAUGCACAGUACUCACACUAAACAGUCGUUGAUAACGAAAUCGUGAUAAACAAAAAAAGUUUGUGAUAUUUUCUUUAUAAAUACUGAGUUAUCUGUGAAUUAUUUAAGUUAAA